GCGUCGCUAGGCUCUUUCACCCAUUAUACCUCCACAAUGUCUGGUCAUACGGCAAAGAGAAGGAGAUUGAGUCCCUCUCCAGAGGACAUAUCAUCCAAUUCCAGCGCAAAUCGGUCCCAUAACAAGAGCUCGUCCCAUAGCUCAAAGCACGCGGAUAUCUCGACUUCCGGGGCCAUGGCCAAACAAGUUAAGAAUGCCCGUUCAGCGGAAGUCGCACUGGCAAAUGGAUUCUACAAAUCUAGUUUCUUCAAACUGCAAAUGGAUGAGUUGUUGUCCGAAUCGAGGCCGAAUUACGACAAGCAACUCGCGAAACUCAAAGAUGUCCUCCACAACCUCAAGGAUACGAUUGAACGAAUACCUGAGAGAUCUCCUAAAUUACCACUAGACGCCGGCAAGGAACUGCAAAACUUACAUAGCAUCUUUGUUCCAUACCCGGAUCCCCGCCCAGGAAGGGAUACCAAGUAUUCAGUCGCCUAUUCUUCCCCAACGAACAUCAAUGUGGUUGGGAGUUUUGCCCUUAGGACAGGUGCCAGAUCCGGCGAACUCUCUACUAUUGAUAUGGCGGUGACGAUGCCGAGUUCGAUUUUCCAGGAGAAGGACUACACCAACUAUCGCUAUUUCCAUAAAAGGGCAUACUAUAUUGCUUGCAUCGCCGCCGGAAUUAAGGAUGCCGGGGAACUAAGUCUCGACGUCAAAUUUGGACUUCAAGAUGGAGAUGGCCUUCGUCCCAUUAUCAUGGUUCAGCCUAAAGGCGCUGCAUUUUCAAGAUAUCAAAUUCGCAUUAUCACCGCGAUUGAAGAUUGCCUGUUUCCGAUAUCCCGAACUUUGCCAAUGAAGAACAACAUACGCCAUGGAUCAAAGGAAGGUACUGAUAGCCAGGAACCCACUCCCCUUUACAACUCCUCUCUCCGCUCGGAAGCCACUGUUUCUCUCUACCACAAGUUGCUAUCCAUGGCUGCUCAGAGCUGUGAGUCUUUCAGAGAUGCAUGCCUGCUUGGACGGAUAUGGCUCCGGCAACGUGGGUUUGGAUCAACAUUUCAAACUGGCGGUUUCGGAAGCUUCGAAUGGGCUGUUCUAAUGUCGCUUCUAUUCGAGGGUGGGGGUCCGAAUGGGAAGCAGGUUCUCCUGAAAUCUUAUAGUAGCUAUCAGCUGUUCAAAGCAACUUUGCAGUAUCUUGCGGGGAAGAAUUUCAUGGAUACUGUAUCGUUUUUCGCCCCCGAAGUUUCCUUCCCAAGGGGUACCCCUGUUGUCUAUGACGGGAAGAGAGGCCUCAAUGUUAUCUACAAGAUGACACCUUGGUCGUAUGCCUUCCUUCGCCACGAGGCAAAUACUACUCUUAAAAUGUUGAAUGAGUCUCGCGAUGACAAUUUUGAGAGGGUUUUCAUCUUCAAGGUGAAUGAACCGCUGCUUAGGUUUGAUCGGCUGGUGACACUCCCAGUUGCAGAAAAUGGGGACGCCCUCGGCGCUAUUCGAAAUGAGCAUGCCGUUUAUGAAGUGCUUGUGAAGGCUCUUGGGGAUAGAGCUGAUCUCAUUCAUAUUGUUAGCGACAGUAUCACUUCUUGGUCGGCAGAGGUAAAGCAACCCCACCGAAAAGCUGGACGUCGCAGCCUGACUGUGGGCUUACUUUUGAAUUCUGAAAAUGCUACCCGGGUUGUUGAUCACGGCCCUGCUGCGGAAGAAAAGGAAGAAGCAGCAUCGUUUCGAUCCUUUUGGGGCGAAAAGGCCGAACUGAGGCGUUUCAAGGAUGGAAGUAUUCGAGAGAGCUUGGUGUGGUCGGAUCAACUGUCCUCGUCAAUUGUGCAUCAAAUUCUUAUGUAUAUCCUGAAGCGUCAUUUUAAUUACGUGGAAAGCGAUAUUGGCUAUAUUGGUGACGAAUUUGAUCGACAGCUUCACCGCAAUGGCGACGGCAUACUGUCCUACUCCAGCCCAUCGUUUCAGCUGCUUACCGAUGCUUUCAAUUCCCUGGAAAAGUCAAUUCAGGAUAUGGAUGGAGUGCCUUUGACUGUUCGACAGCUUGCCCCCGCCAGUUCCCUCCUUCGAUACACGGCACUCCAUGUCAACAAAACUCCCAGCGGUCCUCGCGAUCCCGUGGAUGUUAUUCUUCGAUUUGAAAGCUCUGCGCGGUGGCCAGAUGAUCUUGUCGCAAUCCAGAUGACGAAGGUGGCCUUCCUUGUAAAGAUGGGAGAUGCGUUGACCGAGUCCAGCGAGUUCUCGUCGGGCAUGGUUGGAUUGGAGAAUGAGCAGAGCAAGAUACUGAACAAUGCUUUCCUAGAUAUCAUUCAUGUUUCAGGUGUUGUCUUCCGCAUCAGAAUUCAUCAUGACCGAGAGCAAACGCUGCUGGAACGCCGAGUGAAAGAAUCAGGACUCAACCCACAGACAAAGCAAGAAAUAGCAUAUGCGCUUGCUGCAUAUAAGCGGGUCUUUAUUCAUUCACCCCGUCUCACACAAGCUAUUCGCACUCUAUGUACCCGCCUUCCGCUUCUCUCUCCUACAAUUCGCCUGGUCAAAUACUGGUUCAGCUGCCAUUUGUUUGAUGGGCAUGUCAAUGAGGAAUUGAUCGAGUUAAUGGUGGUACGGGUCUUCACUCAGCCGUAUCCCUGGGAAACUCCCUCAAGUAUCAUGGUAGGCUUUCUUCGAACCCUCCACUUCCUUUCAAGAUGGGAGUGGCAGCAAGAGCCGAUGGUUCUCGAUCUCGGCGGCGAAUUAGACCAGAACGCAAUCGAGACGAUCCGGACACGUUUCUCUGCUUGGCGGAGCAUCGAUCCAGCCAUGAACAGCGUGUCCAUGUUCGUUGGUUCUGACAUUGACCCCGAUGGCGUGACCUGGACCCAAUACGAAUUUCCCUCUAAGGUUGUGGCAGCCCGGAUAUGCACCCUUGCAAAGGCAGUCAUGAAGCUGGUCCGAGAACAAGGUUCCACACUCGACGUACCCCAAAUUUUCCUUCCCUCCCUUGAGCCCUACGACUUUGUUAUCCGUCUGCACUCUAAGCUGCUCCACGAUCGCUCUGCCUCGCUAGCAAAGUACAAGAACCUAGGCGAACAGGAUGAUCGGACUCGCGCCGGGAAACUUACAGUUAUCAAAUCUUUCGUCCAUGACUUGCAGGCUUGUUUCAGCCCCAACAUCCUCUUCUUUUAUGGAAACGAGCAGAGCGAUAUAGUUGCUGGGCUUUGGAACCCGCAAGCCCUAAAACCCAAGAGCUGGAGUUUGGGCAUGACAUAUUCAACAUUGCCUGGUUCAGAAGACGGGGAAGAUAACAAAGUCGUGAUUAACCGCACGGCCAUGCUGAACGAGAUUUCCAGGUUAGGCACGGGGAUGGUUACCGGGAUUGACGUCUGCAAUUAAUGUUCUAUAGUCGGAAGACAACGCAAAAUCUUAUUUUAUUGUUUUACUACUUGACAUCUUGAUUAUUAAAACCUCAAACUACGUACUAACCAACUGUCCUUGAUCUUGGGGACUGAAGGGCAUCAUCAUUCCUGAGGAUUGAAACUUUGUGUAAUGUC